AUGAAACCGACUCUCACCAUCCUCGCUCUGAUUGGGCUGGCCGCUGCCAAUCCGAGACCCCAGCUCCCUACUCCCGACAUGCCGCCUCCGCCUCUUUCCUCCCAAGUUCCUCCCCACGAUGAGCCUACGACUACUUCGACUUCGACUUCGACUUCCAGAGACAAUCCGCCCUCGGAUCCUACCAGAGCACCGCCCGUGCCGGAUGGAGCCAUUUGCGAAUGCGGCUACACCUAUUGCGCAUCCGUGCUGAUGGGCAUGAAAAAGCCGUGGUCGCAGAAGGAACUUUCCGAGGCGUAUUGCAGCACGCCCAAUGCUAGCUGUGACAAGAACGUGCCGGCCACCAACAUCUCGUCGGCGCUGUACAUCUGCCUCUGCGACGACCCGGACCAAAAGGUCGGCACGAACCUGGACCUUGUCUGCGGGUGCGACAAGUGUCUCAACAUCGGGCCCGACUUCCGGGGCCGCUGCGAGACUCCGUGCCACGCCGGCAACUGCCAGAUGCGGCUGUGGUGA